AUGGCAUAUAGAAGAAGGCAAGGAGUUUCCAGAUCUGGAACCUUCUUCCAAGGAGAGAUUCAUCAUCCUCAUCCUCAUCCUGAUGAUCAUGAUGAUCACGAUGAUCAGACCAACUCUCCCUCCUCCUACCUUUCUCCAAUGGCCGCCGCUCACACCAUCAGAUCAUCUUCCUCCUCCUCCUCCUCCGCUUUUAACUCUUUCUCAGAACAAAGAUCCAAGGAUCCUCCAACAUACGAGUAUACAUCAUUCCAAAUUCCAAAUCAGCCCAAAGGUUUCUGGGAAAUUCUAGCUCAAAAGGCUAAAUCAAUUAUUGAUGAUCAUGAUCAUGAUGAUCAUCAUCCCAGUACUACAUUGAGGCCUCAACCACUUACCACCAUUACAGAUAGCCAGUUCUCUGAGAACACUAGAAGACCGGAAAAUCAAACAUUCAGGAAAAGCUUGGAUGCACUUGCCUCCUCCCUUAAUCACAUUGGUGACACCAUAGGAAAUGCUUUGGAGGAGGGACGGACUAUGGUGGAGAAUAAGACAGCAGAUAUAAUCCAAGAAACACGAAAACUGCAGAUUAGGAGAAAAGGGAAUUCAAUUGAGGAACAGAAUCAAGUCCCUGGUUUAUCUAAUAAUCGAUGGCAGCAAACCUCUGCACAGAUAAUGCAACAACAAAUACAAAACAAUCCAGAAACUCAGCUCAAGGCAUCUCGCGACGUGGCAAUGGCAACAGCUGCCAAAGCAAAGCUUCUUCUCAGGGAGCUGAAAACCUUGAAAGCGGAUAUGGCUUUCGCGAAAGAACGAUGUUCUCAGCUCGAGGAAGAGAACAAAAUCCUUAGAGACGUCGGUGAAAAGGGAAUUAACCCUGCAGAUGAUGAUGACAUGAUAAGGCUUCAACUCGAGACUCUUCUGAACGAGAAAGCUCGUUUGGCAAAGGAAAAUUCUGUAUAUGCUCGCGAGAAUCGGUUUUUGAGAGAAAUUGUAGAAUAUCAUCAGCUUACAAUGCAAGAUGUUGUGUAUCUAGAUGAAGGCAUAGAAGAAGUUACUGAAGUUUAUCCCAUUCCGGCAAUUACCAGAUUGCUAUCAGUCUCUCCUCCUUCGCCAUCUUCUCCGAUUUCACAAUCUGAUGACCUGCCAAAUUGAUGACGCUACAUCUUCUUGUAUUCAUUUUUCUUUUGGCAGCUAAUAACACAGUUUCUUCUUUUGACAUCAAUCAAUAUGAACAUGUUUCA